AUGUUUGUUUGUAAGUCACGACUAGUUAGUGUCUCAAAGCGACAAUCAGCUGCAGUUUCAUCGCAAUUUGUCAGAAAUGGUUCCAAAGAGAAAUCGCCCCAGAACCAUGCAAUUCAGGGCACUCAACUCUUACGCGAACCUGCUUUAAAUAAAGGACUAGCAUUCACUAUAGAAGAACGUCAGACGUUAAGGAUCCACGGUUUGUUGCCACCUGUAGUUACUAACCAAGACUUACAGCAUGAGCGGGUUCUGCUGAACUUCAAUGCUCUGACGUCGAACCUGAACAAAUAUAUCUACCUGACAGAUUUGCAAAUGCGGAACAAGAAACUAUUUUACAGAGUUCUCAUUGAAAAUAUAGAACAAAUGAUGCCGAUAGUGUACACACCAACGGUAGGAGAAGUGUGUCUCAAAUAUGGCAUGAUUUACCAUCAACCUAGAGGUCUGUACAUAACGAUCAACGACUUAGGACAUGUAUACGAUGUCCUGUGCAAUUGGCCUGAGCAAAAUAUAGAAGCAAUAGUUGUAACUGACGGUGAACGAGUUCUGGGUUUGGGUGAUCUAGGAGCAUAUGCGAUGGGCAUUAGUGUAGGGAAGCUAGCCCUUUACACGGCGCUGUCAGGUGUUCAGCCGCAUCAGUCUUUACCAGUUUGUAUUGAUGUAGGGACCAACAACGAUAAACUAUUGAAUGAUAAGUUCUAUACAGGAUUGAGACAUAAAAGAGUUACAGGUGAAAAAUACGACGCCUUAAUGGAAGAGUUUAUGGCGGCCGUGAAAAGAAAGUACGGACAGUUUACUCUCAUUCAGUUCGAGGACUUCGCCAAUCAAAAUGCAUUUAAAUUUCUUCAUAGAUAUAGAAACCAGUACUGCACGUUUAAUGAUGACAUUCAAGGUACUGCUGCUGUUGCAGUAGCAGGGCUUCUAUCUGCCCUACGGGUCACCAAAGUUCCUUUGAGAGAGAACAAGUUUCUGUUUUUGGGAGCGGGGGGAGCUAGCACAGGUAUCGCAAUGUUGCUUCACAGGGCAAUGGUCGACAGUGGCUUGACAAGUCAAGAAGCUUACAAUUCGAUCUUUUUGGUGGACAAAGAUGGACUCUUAGUUAAAUCUAGAACAGACGCGGCAAUUUCUAGCUUCCAAAAGCCGUUCUGCAAAGACUUUCCGCUAAUGCCGGACUACAAAGAGGUGAUUGAUUUGGUUAAACCGACUGCACUGCUUGGAGCUACCGGUUCCCCAGGUCUGAUAUCGCAUGAAAUAAUUGCAAAAAUGUCGGAGUGGAAUGAAAGACCAGUGAUAUUUGCCCUGAGCAACCCGACAUCGUGUGCUGAAUGUACAGCUGAAGAUGUUUAUAGAAUUUCGAAGGGAAAAAUUCUAUUCGCGUCUGGAAGUCCCUUCGACCCUGUGGAGUAUGAAGGUAAGACGUUCUACACGGGUCAAGGAAACAACGCUUUCAUAUUUCCGGCUAUGGCAAUGACGGCGAUGAGUUGUAGAGUGAAACAUAUAACUGAACACAUGUUUUUGAAGUGUGCGCAGUAUCUAGCUGAGAUGGUCAGAGAGGAAGACCUGGAUCGCGGGUUGCUCUACCCGCCCCUGGGCGAUAUCAGAGAAGACAGUAUCAAAUUAGCCGCCAGACUAGCCGAGUACAGUUACAGAACUGGAAUCGCUACUUACUACCCGGAACCGAUGGAUAAAGAUGAGUUUAUAAGAGAGCAUGUGUAUGAUUAUGAGUACAGAGAUUUCAUGCCCAAACUUUACCCGUUCCCUCUUGAUGGUCCGAAUGAGGUGAAGUGAUACAAACUGAUCUGGAAUUAGAAAUCGUUGCCACUGCAUGCUGUGUGGACCUUCAUAUCGCCAAGUUUCAUUUACUUCAGUUCCUUUCAUUUCAGUUCUUUAUCUUCAGUUUUCCAAAUUACAGUGAAAUAUGGUACUAAUUGUUUGGAUUUCAGCUUUGUGGCAAGAAAGAAAAGAAGCUAUAUUUCCAAAUUGGGAUGCGUUUUGAUUUUUUCGCUGGAAUUUUGUUAUGUAUUAGAUUUUGUAUAGAUUAUUUCUAACAGAUGUUUCUCCGAGAGAAUAUUUUAAAUACUUGUGGUGUUCAAAUUGAUAUAAAUAUUAUCUCAUUUGAUGUAAUUCAAUCAAACUGAGGUAUUAUAGCUGACUUUUCAUGAUAUUUACCCUUGCGAUAAUACUAUUUAUCUAAUUUUCUCAAAAACAAAAUUUUGAAAUAUUGUUUCCGAAACUUAGAAAUCACUGAAUGGCACGAUUCUUCGAAAGUGAGGUCUAAAAGCAAUGGGUUUUUUGGUAAAUCUGCAUUUUGCAGUUCAAAGGUGAACGAAGGAGUCAAGUCUUAGAUUCCUUCUGUAUUUUAUGGCUGAUAACUUUCAAAAAGGAGCGUAAUCUGUUAGUUAGUUCAUUAAAGAUAGAUGAAUCGAUAAUAAUUUGUGAUGAUAAUCUUUCAGUAAAUUCUGUUUUGAACACCGCUGCAAGUGCACUGCAGUACAUUGAUUUGCAUUUACGUUGUCCAGAUGUCUUUCUAUCGCUGUAAAUAGUUUUCAAUUUGGUAAUACUUAGUAUUUGGAAAUUGAAUUCAUUAGUUUU